UGCGCAGAGAGCAAGCUUGAAAGUGUACAUGAAUUGAUGUGUCUGUCGGAAGUAGGAUUGAAGUGACAGGACAAGGGUGAGUGGGACUAAAGAGUAGUGUGUGUAUGGUAGCAAGAAUGAAAGAGGUGGGAAGAGUUAUGGAAGGGAGAUCAUAGAGAACGAAUGCGGGUGUUUGAGGGAGAGUGAAUGAGGGAGAGAGAGAGAGAGAGAGAGAAGGGGGAGGUUUCCUAAGUGCUUGUGCAUCAGUGACUGAUAGAGGACAACAUUGCAAGAGAGGUGUUAAGCAUGCAUCCGUCUCUAGUGUUAUCUGAGCGUGCUCAGAUGGGGUAGGAGAUAUGCUGCAUGGUAUGAGGGCACAGUGGGAAAAGCCUGGCAACUCUGUGGAAGCUUUUUAUAGACAUAUGGAGCAGCAAUAAAUCCCAACGACAUAAAUUCUGGACAAAGCCUCAAAAGCCAAGAGAAGACAAGCUACUGAAAUUUUGGUGUGGGUUAGCUCAACUGGAUAUUCGGUACUCUCUUUGUCUGAGGGAGAUGGUUCUUCAUAGCAGUAUCUGUCAGGAUUGCCUCUGAGAGAAGCAAUCUUUGGCUCAUCCUCCCAGGUGUCCAAUUGGAAGUGAUCUUUUUCUGCCAGCUCGAUUGGCAACGUGACUUGUUCUAACCAUUCUUAGUGCACUUUUUGGAUACAUAUUCUUUACAUCAAAUACUGAUGGCUCCUGCACUGAAGGCUUUGUCAUCAACAGAAAACACACUUUAUGGUAUACGUUUUUGAGAAAGUGGAGUUGCAACAGAGGAUGCUUAUGUGGAUGUGGAGAAUCGGUAAAAAGAUUGACAGACGUCCCACAUAAGGAAGCAGACUGACUUUCGGUAUGUCACAAACCUCUCAAAAUAGAAGUUCAAAAGGGUGUUUUAUUUAUUUAUUUGCUAGCUGUCUUAAGAACAAAGCUUCUUUCAUUCCAAAAAUGAUACCAUUUGAUUUCAUUUUAACAUCAUACGGAUAAGAUCAAAGCUUUGCCGAGAACUGUUUGUUUCAGUGCUGAAACUAUUCCAAUUUUCUUGAUGCUCUUUCUUUUUGAAAGUUUUCGUUUUGAAUUUACUGAGAAAUACUAGAUAUUCCUUGACUGAUUUUAAAGUUUCCUAACAUCAGCAAAAAAAAAAAAAAAAAAAAAAAAAACUAUGCUAAGAUGUUUGGAGCAGAGAAUGGGCCUUUCAUUCAGAUAGGGUCAAACAACACUGUGGUGGGCUUCAGACAUGAAGACCAGUGUCCAGUCCCCUCCUGGCUGCCGCUGCUGCUGUCGUCCCUAUGUGAAGGAUGUUUCACGGCACUGUGCUAGGACCACUUGAACCGAGCCAGAGCCCUGACGGGAGAGCAGAGAUCCGCAGGCACAUUAAGAUGGUCAUGGAACAGCUGGAGGAAGUUCUUGCUGAACUCAAGGACGUGGCAAAAGAGCUCCGGGAGGUUGUGGCACAGAUUGACAAGUUAACAUCAGAUAUCGACCUCGACUCAGACGAUGACCUGACACUAGUGUGUUGCAACGAAGACCGUGGUGACCUCUUGCACAAUGAGACAUUAUCCGACAACCACUUACUACACAUCCCUCUGCUAGACACAGUCUGUAACCCAACCACAGCCAAGAAACAAGAGCUCUACCGCAGGAGCUGUGGAGACUUGCCUGCCCUCAAUGGACCAUUAAAGGCCGCAAAAAGCCCUAAAGCGUCCUGGCUCUUUGGAUCUGGAGGACAACUCCAUUACUAUGACAAGACGCUAUAUCACGCGUUGUGCUGUGACGAUGAUGAUUACACCGAAGAUCGAAGUGGAAUGAGAUCAUCAAGGCUGUCGUCCACCGAUUCUCUGUUUUCAUCUUCACCUCCGAGGUUUCUGACGUCCAGAUGUAAUCGUAAAACUUACUCCAGCCUGGACUCGAAGAAAAUAGCUCUCCGUAGCUGCAGUACGCAAACUGUUUCCGAUAAAAGCACACAAACUCACUUCCCAUACAUUCCAGUCAAAAAAAGAGAUUCAAGUGACUACAAGAACUGAAACGUUCUGCAAGCGCCCCUAAUUGAAACAUCUGUCAUUAAUUUAUCACCCUCAUGCUGCUCUGAAACCAUAUGACUUUC